AAUCGCAUAGUGCUCUCUAACGUCAAUUAGCCUCCUUCCUCCUUCGUCUUUGUUUCUUCAACCUUUCAACUUCUCGAACUCUCAAUUCGAAAUCCACGAUUGCCCUCUUCUUCGUCCACGACCUCCUUGCAAUCGAUACAAUCGAUAUCUACUUCCCCCCAAAUUGGAGUCGGUUGCUUCUAGGACGAUAUUUCGAAACCCGUUAUUUCGAAACCCGGACUAAAGAUGGGAAGGUUCAGUUGGAGGAAAAUUUUAGGAUGGGAUCGUCACCCGUCGCAAGGUCAUCAUGACUGGUCUGUCCAUGAAUCUCGCCGUAGACUCCUCCCCAUUCAUCGAGAAGAUUCGGUCGAGUCCGCCAUUCCCGCACCCGAAGUUACCAAGGUUGCCCUCCGUCUACGCUACCUCAUCGAGCAAGCUGUGCCAUGCGAACUCGAAGAAGAGCGCGUUACUCAGUCUCACAGUAGGAUAAUCACCCCUAAAGUUAUCAAAGCCGCCAAGGAGGCCGGCGGUAGAGAGAAUCGUUCGUGCGUGGUUUUCUGCCUUUUAGUUGUUAAGCGUUGGUUUAAACAUCAAGCUUUGGUCGAACUCUGGGAUGCCUCGCUACAUCAAGUCCGCGCAGUCGCCUGUGAGGUUAUAGCUAAGCAGAUCAUCGAGGCUGAAGACGAUAUACCAUAUCUGUUACAGUCUGUCUUGCUCAAACGCUAUUCGAUCGUCGUCGACGGCGAGGCCACGCCUCCUAUUAAUGUCAUCGAGAAGGCAGUCGAUCUGCACGCUCUACGUGUGAUCGGUUCUUCCGGCUAUCAAAAAUGCAUCAACUAUCUAUGGAAAGGCUGGCUUGUUCAGGAUGAGAACGACCCUUCCAGUUUCGUCGACUAUAAGGAUCGCGACAAUGUCCUUUUCCUCACACACCUUGAUCCUGACCGAAUGCGGGCCCCCAUGUACCAGAACGCCCUCCAACUGAUCAUGUCCAUCGUCUACCUGGCUCUUUACACAGGCGCGAUCAACACCAUUAACCCGGGUGGUGACCUUGACUUUGUCGAAAUCCUCCUCUACGUCUUCACCUUUGGUUUCGUAUUUGAUGAGCUCACCAAGCUAUAUAAAGCCGGUUACCAUAUCCUUAGUUUUUGGAAUGCGUUCAACAAUGCCCUCUACGCUCUUCUGAUGGUGUCGCUUGCCAUGCGCCUAGUCGCCUUCUCCCAUUCGCCGGAUGAUGGCAAUUCCCGUCGGAAGUUCAAUCAACUAUCGUACAACUUUCUCGCCUUUACGGCACCUAUGUUCUGGGCUCGCUUACUACUCUAUCUAGAUUCAUUUCGCUUCUUCGGCGCGAUGCUUGUUGUGAUCAAGGUGAUGAUGAAAGAGAGCAUUAUAUUCUUUGCCUUGUUAGUUGUCGUUAUCAUCGGCUUUCUCCAGGCGUUCAUAGGAAUGGACUACGCGGACGAUAUGGCCGGAGAAGACACAAUCUUCAUCCUUCAAGCCAUGGCCAAUGCCAUUAUGCAAAGCCCGGAUUUUAGUGGAUUUGAGCGUUUUAGCCCGCCAUUUGGAAUCAUCCUCUACUAUCUCUUCACCUUCGUUGUCAUGGUCAUUCUCCUAAACGUGCUCAUCGCACUCUACAAUAGCGCCUACGGGGAUAUCUACGACAAUGCCGACGACGAGUUCCUCGCGUUGUUUUCUCAGAAGACCAUGCAGUUUGUACGAGCCCCCGAUGAGAACGUUUUUAUUGCUCCGUUUAACUUGGUCGAAAUCUUCCUUUUGGUCAUCCCCUUCGAAUGGUGGAUGCCUAAAAACCAGUAUGAACGCCUCAAUGAUAUUGUAAUGGGCAUCAUUUACUCUCCGCUACUUUUCUGUUCUGCCUUCUUUGAAGUUAGGAUGGCCAGGGAGAUCCGAAGUAACAGGACAAGGGGUGAGGAGGAUGACGAUACAGAAGAAGAAUGGGAACAAAUGGCGAGUGAAGUCGACUUCGAAGGCGAAGGGUGGACGAAGAAGGUCGCGGAGAGCAAAGCCAAUAUCGAAGAUGACCCAGCCGUAAUCGAGGUCAGGAAGUUGAGAGACGACGUAGAGCAACUCAAAACACUUGUUGAGAAUCUCACAAAAAGCCUUAACGCCAAGGCCGAAAGUGAGAGUCUACUUUAGAUCACAUGGGCCCAGAAAUCACCGACGGGUGUUUUCGUUCUUAGUAACUUUUUGAUUACCAAGUCAUAUUAAGUGUUGGGGUUUUGCAUCGUUAUAGCUGUAGCUCUUGGGUUGCAUCGGAGUUCUAAUUAGUUAGACGAGGACGAUUGUACAUGGAUGCGUUAUAUGGAGAUAUGAUAUAGGAUGUUCCGGGGAUUGGAGUCGGAUACCCUCGCGACGAAUGUCUCGGCUGUGCAUUUGUAUAUCGUCGUUUUCACAGUCAACGAAGCAUGUAAAAAAACAAGAACAGAAACAUUAUGUUGAUGGCAAGAAGUUGGGCCCAACUAGUGGCAUGCGCCGUUGCUACCAAAU